GAGAGGCUGUCGAAAACUCAGAGGCAUAAAAGGCCCAGAGUAUGGGCAUCCCAGAGAAACUGACCAGGGAUAUGGGAGUGAUCGCCAUGGAUCAGAAGUCUUUCUGGAAAGGUUUAGUGGUCUUGCUGCUUCUUCAGGAAGGAUCUGCCUACAAACUGGUUUGCUACUUUACCAACUGGUCACAAGACAGGCAGGAGCCAGGGAAGUUCACCCUUGAGAGCACUGAUCCCUUCCUAUGUUCUCACCUCAUUUACUCAUUCGCCAGCAUCAGUAACAACAAGGUCAUCAUCAAGGACAAGAAUGAGGCGAAGCUUUACCAGGCCAUCAACAGUCUCAAAACCAAGAAUCCCAAACUGAAAAUUCUCUUGUCUAUUGGCGGGUAUCUGUUUGGUUCCAAAGGGUUCCAUCCCAUGGUUGAAUCUUCUUCAUCAACCUUGAAAUUUGUCAACUCUGUAAUCCUGUUUCUGAGGAAUCAUAACUUUGAUGGACUGGACAUAAGUUGGAUCUACCCAAAUGUAAAAGACAACACUCAUUUCACUGUGCUGAUUCAUAAGUUAGCAGAAGCUUUUCAGCAGGACUUUGUAAAAUCCACCAAAGAAAGGCUUCUCUUGACUGCAGGAGUUUCUGCAGGGAGGCAGAUGAUUGACAACAGCUAUCAGAUCAAGGAAUUGGCAAAAGACCUGGAUUUCAUCAACCUCCUGUCUUUUGACUUCCAUGGGUCUUGGGAAAAGCCCCUUGUCACUGGCCACAACAGCCCCCUGAGAAAGGGACAGCUGGACAGAGGGACAAACUCCUACUACAAUGUGGAAUAUGCUGUGGGAUACUGGAUAAACAAGGGGAUGCCUGCAGAGAAGGUGGUCAUGGGCAUCCCCACGUAUGGACGUUCCUUUACACUGGCCUCUGCAGAAACUGCCGUGGGGGCCCCUGCCUCUGGUCCUGGAGCCACUGGCCCCAUCACCAAGUCUUCAGGCUUCCUCGCUUAUUAUGAGAUCUGUCGGUUCCUACAAGGAGCCAAGAUCACAAGGCUCCAGGAUCAGCAAGUUCCCUAUGCAGUCAAGGGGAACCAGUGGGUGGGCUAUGAUGAUGUGGAGAGCGUGGAGACCAAGGUUCAGUUUCUAAAGAAUCUAAACCUGGGAGGGGCCAUGAUCUGGUCUAUUGACAUGGAUGACUUCACUGGAAAAUUCUGCAGCCAGGGCCCCUACCCCCUUGUUCAAGCUGUCAAGAGGAGUCUUGGCUCUCUAGAAAGGUGAGAGUGCUGCUGACCAACCAGGUGUGCUGACCUCAUCUCAGUGGAGGAGCGGGACUCUGGAAAUCACUGCAGACAGACAACUGGAGAGGACUGGCCAUAUUGUCCUGGAGAAGGACCCAGAGCAGUGAAAAAUCUCCUAAACUAUAUGACUGGACAGCAGCCUUUCAACUCUGAACAUCUAUGUCUUAGUAGCUUGACUGAGGCCUUAUGUUACUGAUUGGAUUUGAAAUACUUUCUUUUGUUUCCAGGCUUAACUCAUAGCUAAGAAGGUAAGGUGACCUUGCUGCGUACUCCUGCUGCAGGAAUUCAUGUGUGGGAUUCUUGGAGGUUAGAUGAGGCCCUCAGGAUGUCUCUUCUCCAAGUCUCCCCUUGACUUUCUCUCAGACCUCGGACUGGGUCUGGCUUUGUUCUCCUGCAGCUGCUGACUGGUUCCUUUGAGGCACAAUAAAGAAAAAAGCAUUUUGUUCCA